AUGGCAAGUGAAAGUAGUGAAAAGCCUGCUUCAAAGUCAUCAUUAAAGGAAUUAUUUGUAAAGCGCAGUUCUAUUAAAGGACAAAUCACUAAGUUCAAAAAUUACUUAGAUAAAGUUUGUAGUUUAAAAGAAAUAUCUACAAUAGAACUUGCAGAAUUAGAUUUAAAAUUACAGAAAUUUCAAGGAUUAUCGACAAGGUUUGACAAUAUACAGAACGAGAUUGAGGUUGUUAAUUCUUCAAAUAUUGACUCAGAACUUGAUGAGAGGGAACGCAUCGAGCAUGAUAUUGUUCAAUAUAUUGCUAUAGCCAAGACUGAGUUACAAAAAUACACAACUGAUGAUGAUAGUAAGCGUCGUCAAUCUGUCAUGAUCCAUGCGGACUCUGAUCAUCAAAACAUUGGUUUUCGUUUACCUCAAAUUCAAAUUUCGAAAUUUAACGGUUCCCAUUUCCGUUGGUUGGAGUUUAGGGACACAUAUCUUACCGGUGACAUUCCAAAGGUCCCAGUUGAUGUCCAAAACCUUAAAAUUCCAAAAGAUAUCGUAUUAGCCGACCCUAAGUUCAAUGAACCUGCUCCCGUUGAUAUGCUCAUCGGAGCAGACUUGUUCUGGGAUAUCAUAGUUGGCGAACAGCGCCCUCUAGGUCAUCACGCUGUCUUCAAAGAGGACAGCGAGUCCACUAAAAUCAGAGUGGUCUUCGACGGCUCCGCUCCCACUGCCUCUGGAUAUUCUUUAAAUGAUAUCCUUAUGGUAGGACCUAAUUUACAAAAUUCUCUAUUUUCCAUUUUGAUUAGAUCGCGUCAAUACAAGUACCUUCUUACUGGAGACAUAGCCAAGAUGUAUAGACAGGUGGCUGUGUCCCCGGAGGAUUGUGACCUUCAAUUAAUACUAUGGAGAGAAGACGAGACCCAUCCUAUUGAAACUCUGCGACUAGGUACUGUUACUUACGGAACUGCAAGUGCCAGUUACCUUAGCACAAGAUGUCUUUGGCAGGUGGGAGAAGAGUGCGGUGAUAAAUUAAUAAAAACGAUAAUUCAAAAUGACUUUCUAGUCGAUGACGUCAUCACUGGGUCCGAUAGCGAAUGUCAGCUAAUAUAUAUUCAAAAGGCUUUAACUAAUACUCUAAAUUCGGCUUGUUUCCCAUUGCGAAAGUUCAAAACUAACUUACCUGAAUUAUUUCAUAAUAUCGUCGAAAUUAAUACAAAAGAUAAACUUACCUUAAGUGAGUCUUCCAGUACUCUCGGCCUCGGCUGGGAUCCAAAGGAUGACUCGUUUCAUAUACCUGUAAGAAUAAAUUCAAAUAAUUCAAAUGAGUUAAUUACUAAGAGAUUCAUAACUUCACAAUCUUUCAAAAUUUUUGAUCCACUUGGUCUAAUAAGUCCAUGCAUUAUUCAAACAAAAAUACUCAUACAAAAUUUGUGGUGUGAAGGCAUUGACUGGGAUCAGCCUGUGCCUGAUGAUUUAAAGGAAAAGUGGUAUGAGAUUUCUAAAAACUUACCUUUACUUGCAGACCUUCGUAUCCCACGUAAAGUUAUUUGUGAUUCACCAAAAUUCAUUGAACUUCACUCAUUCUGUGACGCUUCGCAAGUCGCGUACGGGGCUUGCAUCUACAUGAGAUCGCUUAAUAAAGAUAACGAGGUAACAGUGAGGCUUUUAUGCUCAAAAUCCAAGGUUGCUCCUGUAAAACCGACAACGAUACCUCGCCUCGAGCUGUGUGCAGCGGUAUUGGCAGCAAACUUAUGGCAUUUCUUGAUUGGCAGACCACUCAACGCUCUGCCGACUCCAGCACACGAUGACUGCAAGGCUACCCACGUACAACGCUACGCCCGCCUUCAGCAAAUAAGACGAGAUUUCUGGAACCGAUGGAGGCGAGAAUAUAUAUCCGAACUUCAGCUACGAACCAAAUGGAAAUCCAACACCUCAAAGCUAAACAUCGGGGAUCUUGUUCUUCUCCAUGAAGAAAACGUGCCACCCCUAAACUGGCGUCUGGGGCGUGUGGUGCGACUGUUCCGUGGACCAGACGACAUUCCGCGUGUGGCUGAUGUCAACACCUCAAGAGGCUGCGUGCGACGCUCUCUAGUUCGACUGUGCCCUCUGCCUUCGCCUGAAGAUUUAAAGGUUGAAGCCUAGGCCUUCAACGGGGGGAGGACAUGUCUACGCCCAGAAUUUUCUUAGUCUAUUAGUAAUACUCAGUGUUGUCUAUAGUCUAGUUUGACAUUUGACAAAUGUCAUUGUCAUGUGUAAUUUUUCCCACCAAUUUUUUUACCCAACUAAAAAACCAUCAUGUCUGCAUCGUACAACUAAGUCAUAUAAUAUUGGAAUUAUACGAAUUAUAAAAGA